AUGUCUAAUUUAUUGCCUGAAUGGUGUCCGCCAUACUCUACAACCAAAAUAGAUACUAACACUGGUGAGGAUGUCUAUUGUAUAUGUAAGAAACCUGAUUAUGGUGAGUUAAUGGUGGGAUGUGACGGAUGUGAUGACUGGUUUCACUUUGAGUGUAUGAAGAUACCUGAAACAUACAGGAAUUUAGUCGAGUCUUUCAUAUGUCCGUAUUGCCGUGUAGGCAUAACUGGUCCUGGAUCUAAAGGUGAUGGUGAAUGCCCCAAAUCAUUAUGGAAGAAAAAGUGUAGGCUCCAGGAUUGCUAUGAGCCUUGCGAAUCUGGUAGCAAAUACUGUUCCAAAGAGCAUGGGAAAGAGUAUAUGUCUCGAUUACUAAAUAAGGUAAAAAUCAAAAACGACCUUAAUAAUAGAUACGCUAAUGAGUCUGAUGAUAAGCUGUUGAAAGAUGUUUAUCACGCUACCAAGAAUAAUGUAGAGAAGUUUAAAACCUUUGGUUCCUCAUCAUUUAUCGAUUCCGAUAUCGAUAGAGUUGAUAGGCAUGGUGAGAUUUACGACAAGAUAAUCAAUGAUGAUAAAUACUAUAAAGAUCUGUUAACAGAAAAAGAUAACAUAACGAACAAUCAAAUUGAGGGCUUAAAAAAGAAAGUAGAAGAGCUUGAUAAAUACUUAGACUGGAUUAGCUCAGUCAAUAAACUAAUCAAUGGAGAGGAUAAUACUAUUGAACAAGAAGAGAAUGUGAAUGAUACCAUUAAGACCAAGAAAAAGAAAAAGAAAUCUCAAAAAAGAAGAUCAAAGAAGGCUAUCUGCGGUUAUUCUCUCAACCUAGCCAAGAUACCUUGCAAUCCAGAAGAGUUUUACAACAAAUAUUCCGAAAUAACGACAAGUACACCAGAUUGUAAUGAAAUAGAAGGUAUUUGCAUUAAAUUAAGAUGUAACAAGCACUCCGACUGGUCUACCAUGACCUCAGAUCAGUACACAAGGCAAAUCAUUUCUCUUGAGACUCAUUUGAAGCGCUUAGACCUAUCAAUAUCGACAAGGAAAAGGCAACUUAAUAUCAAUUAUUUUGAGCAUAUAAUGAGAUCAUAG